GUAACGUGUAACGUAAUACGUGUACGUAUAAGUAACGCAACGCGCUUGAAUGCGUUACGUGACGCAUGAAAUGGCGGCACGCAAUUCGCGCUACAUUGAAUCCGAACGCAUCGUCCACAAAUUGCUCUAGUCCCUCGCAAAAGUCAUAAUUUAAUAGCAUCACAAAUUGCGCAUGAAAUGUUGUUGGAAUACUUUGCGGCGAUGCUUGUGAUCAUGGGAUUAACCACAACAUUCGAUAAGCACACAAGCCACAUGCGACACUUUGCACGGGCCGAGGAGCUCUCCAAUCUGAUACCGGACGAGUACGAGCCGCAGUUCGACAACAACACUGAGCGCGAGAUAAUUGCCGCCCUCGGCACCACGGCCCGCAUGCAUUGCCGUGUCCGUCAUCUGGGCGAUCGCGCCGUUUCCUGGAUUAGGCAGCGCGACCUGCACAUCCUGACCAUUGGCAUCAUGACCUACACCAAUGAUCAGCGCUUCCUCGCUCGCCACAUCGACAACUCCGACGAGUGGGUGCUGAAGAUCGUGUCCGUGCAGCCGCGCGACGCCGGCGUCUAUGAGUGCCAGGUCUCCACGGAGCCCAAAAUCAGCCUCGCCUACAAGCUGAUGGUUGUGACAUCAAAGGCACAAAUCCUGGCCAAUCGUGAACUGUUCAUCCAAAGCGGCAGCGACAUCAAUCUGACAUGCAUUGCGCCCCAGGCGCCAGGACCCUACACGCACAUGCUCUGGUACAAGGACACGGAACUUGUUAGCGACUCGACGCGCGGCGGCAUACGCGUCAUCUCCGAGCAGCAAAUAAAGACGAGCAAUCUGGUCAUAUCGCGCGUACUUCACACGGAUUCCGGCAAUUACACAUGCUCCGCGGAUAACUCAAACAGCGACAGCGUCUUUGUGCAUAUCAUUAAGAGCGAGCAGCACGCGGCCAUGCAGCACGAGCUGGGCGUCAGACUGGUGGCCGGGCAGAGCCUGUGGCUGCUGCUCGGAAUGGUACUGCUGCUGCAGCAUAUGCCACGCCCCAUACUUCAGCUGCAGCACCAGCUCCUGCUAGCUGCCGCCUAAGUAGUCUCAGAAGUCGCAGCUUAUGUUUGAUGUCUGCUUUGGUGUUGCCCUUUGGACGGUCGGCUGGAUGGACGGGGGGAGGCUCUGGCAGGAAGGAUGCCCACAUGCCCACAUGCCCACGCCGUCCACACCGCCCACACCGCCCACGGCGCUGCGCUGUACAUAGAAGAGAGGCACACCUGUGUAUAUAGUGUAAAUCGUAUUUGGGUUUUUUCCGUUUAGGCAGCUUUAAGUAUUUUUAUACGUAAUUAAGUCACUAAUAAUCGAUAGGUCGAUUCGUCGAUUAAUUCAUUCAAUCGUGCAAUCGACUAGCCCAUAAGCCAUAAUAGAAACAGAAACGAAAAUGCAACCAUAAAAUCGAAUAAAUGUAAAUAAAUGUUUAAUCUUAAUUAACAAAUGACAAAAGCCAUGUUGAACUGUCGCUUUGAAGGUGUGCUCAACCCCUGCUGACCCACACAC